AUGAACAUAGAAAACUUACAUGAUUAAACUCAUCGUAAUACUAGAAGAGGCAUUGUAUUCUCUCAUACUCGCAAGACUUUUACAAUAAAACCAGACUCUCCAAAAACAAGAGAAGCAUGUCUUGCUUUAGGUUAUGAUCCUUAAAUAUUUUAAUUAAAGUACUUGUUUACAAUCUUAUUGAUUUAGAACUUUUGAAGAGUUUGCAGAACCAGGUUUAAGUGAAAAUGUUCAAAAAAUGAGAUAUGAUCAUUACAUGAAAAAGACUGAAAGUAAAACGGAAAAUGGAUUAAAAUAGGUGCUUUGUAAGAAAUAAGCAAGAUGCGUAAAGUGAUUAUUAAGAAAUAAAAAGCCAUUACAAAUCUACAUCUGGAGAAGAGUUAUUAAAGAGAUGAGGAGUAUGAAAUUUUAAUUAUUUAAGAUUAGUGAAUGAUUUGAUAGAGACCUAUAAUAAGAAGAUGAGUAACUUAAAUAAUGUAGAAAAUGAUGAAUCUUAUCUUUCUUUUGAUGAUGAAGAUCCUAUUCUUGUUUUAGAAUAAUAAUUAGAAAAGGAAAUUACAAAGUAUAAAAAAUAAUUGCAAGUAAAAGCUAAGGAAGUAUAACAUUAAUUAGAAAAUGAAAAAAAAAGAUAAAAGUUAUAGCAUGAUAUGAUUGAAAGAGAGAAGAAAAUUGAAGAAUUAUAAUAAAAAAUAGCACAUUAAAAGGAAAUUAAAAAGAAAUAAUUAAAAAAUGCAGCAUAGAAAAAGUUUAAUGAAAUUAAAGAAAAAGAAAAAGAAAAAUAAAGAAAAUUACUAUAAGAUAAAUAAAAAUAAGCAGAAAAAUUUGAGAAAAUGUAAUUUAUUUAUAUAUAUAUUUAUAAGACGUAAGAAAUUAGAAGAAGAUUAAUUAUAAUAAAAGAAAGAAUUAGAAGAAUAAGAAAGAAAAUAUUAAGAAAGAAGACAUAUUAUCUAAUAAAGAAAAUAAAUAUAAGAUAAAGAAUAUAAUCAACAUUUGGCUUCAACUAUGAAUUAGAUAGAAUUGAAAUGGGUUGAGACUUCUUAAAAUAAAGAUAGAUAGAUAUGGGAAUCUAAAUUAGAAAGAUUAACUAUGAGAAGUACUUUACAUGAAGAAAAAUUAAGAUAAUAUAGACUCAAAACUUAAUAAAGAGAAGAAUCUUUGAUGUAGUCAAUUGUAAAGAAAUUAGCAUAUAAAGAAGAAGAUUUAAAAGGUAAAUUUAUGAUAUUUAUUAAUAGCAUUAAGAUAAUCAAAAGAAAAGGAGGAAUAAAUGAGAAUUAAAGAAGAUAAAAUAAGAAGAAUGAAAAUAGAAAAAAGUAUAAAGAAUAUCAAAUCUUAAUAAUUUGAUAAAGUUGAUACUUUAUAAAAGAAAUUUAAAAUGCUUGAAGAUUAUUCAGAAAAAAGAAAAGAAGAAUAAGAAAAUUAAAAAUAUAUAAAAAAAGAAAAAAUGAAAUUAAAAUAAUAAGACUUAAUUGAAAAUUAUAAAAGAUAAGAGAGAUUAAAGGAUUUAAAAUUUAAGUAAUUAAUCAAAUCUACUCAACAAUUAAAUGAAUAAAAAUCAUUAGAAAAAAUAUCAAAUGAACUAGUACGUAAAGCCUAAUAAGAAUUUUAGAGAAAAUUUAAGAAAGAUGCAGAAAAUCUAGAUUAGAGUUUAUUAAGUGUGAGUUAAGCUGAUGAAAAAGUUAUGAAGUAAAUAUAAAUAUUUAUUUUUAGUUAAAUGGUCACUUAGCUUGAAAAGAAUUUAUAAAAUUUGGCUCAAAAUUCUAAAACAUUAAAUUGA